AAAAACCCAGCGAAGGCUAGCAAGAGGAGAUGAGCGUCAACACAGCCGGAUAAAAUAACGCCAAGAACAAGCUGAACGGCGAAUAAAUUCGGUUUCCUAUAAGUGAAGAGAAACUUCUGCGAAAAUUCAAGCUCGUUAAGCAAUUAUUUUAUGCUCCAGCGUAAACCCUGGGAAACAAGUUUGCGAUUGGGAAAACAGUUUUGCCUGGAUUUAAAAAGUGCCCGUUGCUGACAAAUUGGAUUAGCAAACUAACUCCCCCCAUUCUGCGACGCAGAGGGAUUGCAUUCGAUUUGAAGGGGGGCUUCAUUUGAAAGGGAACGGGAGAUCUCGCAAUCUUUCCCCUUACAGCAGAUAUAAGGCUUUGAUUUAUCCUCAUGGAGUCCCAGCAGUAGUGCUUCUCCUCCCCUGGGUAGAAGUUCUGGAAUGUCACGGCUGCGGUGCUAACUCAGAGGAUUCUACAGGGACCCCACACGCCGCCGCUGCUGUCUCCCACCACCUGGAGAUCCCCGCCUCAGACGCCCCAUUUUCGCCCGAAUAUCGAAGUUCGCUGCAGGUCCUGCUUGCUGGGAUGUGUUUUGAUUAAAUUGCACUGCUGAAUGGCUGAGGGGUGAAAUGCCUCUUUAACACAGAGUUAGAAGCCAAUGAAUGUUUGCUGGGAUGGUCCUGCUCUGCGUUGGUGCUGCCGUAGUGCUACUCUCUCUCCUCGGCAGCCAUGUGCUGGCGCGUGACGUCUACCCCGCCUUCUCCCGCAACGACACCAGGUUCGAGCACCUGGCCCUGCACCCGGACCCCGACACGGGCAGAGUGUACAUCGGCGCCCGGGACCACCUCUUCCAGCUGGACAGACACCUGCAGCUGGAGCUGGUGGAGGAGACGGGGCCCGUGACCGACAGCAGGGAGUGCCUGCCCCCAAUCACUGAGACCAACUGCCCCCAGGCCCGCCGCACCAGCAACCACAACAAGCUGCUGCUGGUGGACCCCUUCUCCCGGGAGCUGAUCAGCUGCGGGAGCGUCAACCAGGGCAUCUGCCAGAAGCGCAGCCUGGACUCGGUCAACCGCGUGCUCUUCUCCACCGAGAGGCCCGUGGACACGCAGUACGUGGCCGCCAACGACCCCAAUGUGACCACCGUGGGGCUGGUGGUGCGGUCGCGGGGCAAGCAGCCGGUGCUGUUCGUGGGGCGGGGCUACACCAGCAGCCAGCCGCCCAUCUCCACCCGAAACCUGGCCUCGGAGCCUGUCUUCUCCUACGAGGAGACGGCCAAGCUGGCGGUGGCGGGGCGGCUGUCGGAGUACGACCACCACUUCGUGGCCGCCUUCUCCCACCGGGCGCACAUCUACUUCCUGUUCUACCGGCGCGACCUGAAGUCGCAGUCGCGGGAGUACAGGACCUACGUGUCGCGCGUCUGCCUGGACGACGCCGCCUACUACUCCUACGUGGAGGUCCCGCUGGCCUGCCGCUCGGCCGCGGGGAAGACCUACAACCUGCUGCAGGCGGCGAGCGUGGGCCUGCCCGACGACCGCCCUUCCCGGCGCGGCCAGAGGGAGGUGCUGCUGGGCGUCUUCUCCACCCGUCUGGCCUCCUCCAGCAGACCCAGCGAGGACUCGGCGCUCUGCAUGUUCCACCUGGAGGACCUCGACCGGCGCGUCAACUCCACCCGCGACCUGUGCUACACCCGGGAGGGCAGGGCCGAGGGCGGGGCCGAGGCCGCCUACAUCGAGUACGAGGUCAAGUCCAACUGCGCCAACCUGCCCUCGAACACCUUGGAGGCGUAUCCCUGUGGGUCAGACCACACCCCCUGUCCAAUGGCCAGCCGGGUGGAGGUGGAAGCCGAGCCCAUAUUGGACAGCCCGUCUGCCCGUCUCACCGCUGUGGCCGUCAGCGUGAGGGCGGGGCACACCAUCGCCUUCCUGGGAGACUCCAAGGGAAACUUACGCAAGGUCUUCCUGGGUCCUGACGGGGAAGUGGAGGAGUAUGCCACCACCUCCAUCCAGCCCAACGCGGCCAUCAGCAGCGAUCUCCUGCUGGACCAGGCUGAGGAGCAUCUCUUCAUCAUGACCGGCACUAGGCUGGAGAAGAGGCCAGUGGCCGAGUGCUACCAGCACCUGGACUGCCAGACCUGUCUGUCUGCCCAUGACCCAUACUGUGGCUGGUGUGUGCUGGAGGGAAGGUGCGGACAGCGCUCAGAAUGUUCUCGCGGGGAGCAGCCAGGACAUUGGCUGUGGAGCUUUGACCUGGACCAGCAGUGCAUCAUGGUCCAGUCCUUGACCCCGUCCAACAUCAGCCGACAGGAGAAGAGAAGUAUCGCCCUGUCCGUGCCAGGACUGCCCAGCCUGGAGGAGUGGGAGGCCUACUCCUGCUUCUUCCAGGACAACGAGAGCCCCGCCUCCAUCACUGAGACGGGCGUCGUCUGUUCCUCGCCUGACACCAGCAGGGUGCCGCCCAUACGCCCGGGAGAGGACUCCGUCACGGUCGUCCUGUCCCUCCGCUUCCACAACGUCACCGUGGCGACCAGGGACUUCACCUUCUAUGACUGCGCCGCGGUCAAGCAACUGUCCAGGAACACGCCGUGCCGGGGCUGUGUGAGCAGCCGCUGGGGCUGCAACUGGUGUGUGCACCAGCACUCGUGUACGCACAAGCCAACGUGCGAGGAGGGGGUCAUCAUCUACAAUCAGAACUUCAAACUUCCUACUUCAGCACCGCCUACGACCAAAGCCUUUAAGUUCACAUCGACCAUCCCGACCACAACUCUGGCCCCUACAACACCUCAACCUUCUACAGCUCCCACCACCACCACCACCACCACCACAACAACAACAACAACUACCAUGGCAACAACAACAACAACAACAACUGCCACCACUACAACCAUGGAGACCACCACCACUGAGGCCACUACAGAGGAACCGGUGAUGACCACACUGCCUCCAACCACCACCACCACCACCCCAGAGCCUACAACACUACCCACCACCCCUUCCCCAACAACCGCCCCCACCCCCCUGCCCCCCACUACCACCAUGGAAGCCCCCCCUCCUCCUGCGGAAGCCACCACCCCCGUGCAAGAAGAGCCCACCUCUGAGGAGGCCCCCGCCACCGACAGCGACAACCCCCUGGUGACGGUCGUCGAGGCGGAGGACAACGCGGAGACAGAGCCGCCCCCCGUCACGGUGGCUCAGCUGCACCCCUCCACCUCCCCGGUGCCCCCACCGGUGCAUCCAGUGGCAGAAACCGUGACAGCACCUCCCGCAGAUGGCCCCCCCGCUCUGGACGAUGCUCAGCCCGUGGUGGCACCCCCCAGCGAUGCUCAGCCCUCCCCCGACACCCCCGCCCCUGCCCCCGCCCCGACCGCCGAUGACACCCCCUUCCCCCUGGGGGCACCGGCCGAAUCCGAGGAGGCUCUCCCUCCCCCGCCGGCGACGGAGGGGCCCCCCCCUCCUCCUCCCCCCACCUGGGUCCCGGACGCUGUGGAGCUGGAGGAGGGAGCGCCGGAGGCGGUCCCCUGGCCUGAGGAGGAGGUGGACGCGGACGUGGCGGAAGCCGCUGCGGAGAACGACACCGCCACGUUCUCGGCGGCCACGGUGUUGUCAGGGGACGGUGACGCCGAGCAGGCCCAGCCCGCCUACCCCCACCUGCAGGACUCUGACUCCGAGCUCGACUACCAGUAUGACUCCUCCGACUUUUACCUGCCGGGGGACGAGGGCACCUUCGUCAGCUGGGGGGCUUCAGCCUGCCCCUGCGUGGAGAAGGUCCAGGGGUCCGCCCUCCUGCCCGUCAGAGUGGAGAGGAGAAUCACCUUACUGGGGCGGAACCUUCACCUGUUUCAGGAUACGGACCUGGACUACGAGUGUGUGCUGGUGAUCGAGGGCCGCACGGUUGUCGUGGACUCGUACGUGGAAAUGGAUCAGCAGGAUCCGUCCAUUUUCUACAUCACCUGCCAAUCUCACCAGUAUUCGUACUCUGCCCUCCAGGAGGAGUACAACGCCAUGGUCUACGUGAAGAGGAGGAACACCUUCCACGUGGACAGCUCCCAGGACCUGUACGUGACUCUGUACAACUGCUCGGUGGGCCGGUCGGACUGCAGCCGCUGCCACACGGCGGAUCAGAAGUACGGCUGCGUUUGGUGCGGAGGGGCGCAGUCCUCCUGCCUCCACAGGGACUCCUGCGCCGAGGACGUCGUCCACACCUGCCCCGCACCCCUCAUCCACUUCAUCGAGCCCUUAUCUGGCCUGGUGGAGGGUGGCACCAUCAUCACUGUCACAGGGUCGAACCUGGGGCAGAAGGCCCAGGACAUCCAGGACUCUGUCACUGUGGCUGGGGUCCCCUGCACCGUCAUCCCCAGCCGAUACGAGAUCUCCACCAGAAUCGUGUGCGAGACCGGGCCCAGCGGAGGAGAGAAAGAGGGCAAAGUAUCGGUGGAGGUGAACGGUGGAGGAUUCGGGCUCUCCAGCCAGAAGUUCAGCUACCAGGACCCCAUGGUGACUGAGCUGUCGCCUCAGAGAGGCCCGAAGGCCGGGGGGACCUCCCUGACCAUCAGAGGGAGGGGUCUGCUGACGGGCCGGGCCAGCGAGGUUAGCGUGGCCGUGGGAGGCGUCCCGUGCCUCGUCUCCUCUGAGAUCCACGAGGGCAGCAUCGAGUGUCUGGCGGGAGCCAGCAACGUGACGGGGGAGCACCGCCUGACCGUGCGCUACGGGAGCAGCGAGCGCCACCUGGUGGCGGUGGCCUACCAUUACACCCCGGACCCCAACAUCACACAGGCGGCGCCCUCAAAGAGCUUCCUCAGCGGUGGGCGCGUGAUCCACGUGUCCGGCCACAACCUGGACGUGGUGCAGGAGCCGCGGAUCCAGGUGACGGUGUCCCCGCUGGAGCCUGGCCCGAGGAAGAGGAGGAGGAGACGAAGGAGCGCCCGAGGGGCGGGGCCGCUGCAGAGGCAUCGGCGCAUCGUGCCGGAGCCCGGCUGCCCCGAGGACGCCCUCUGCUCCGUCAAACAGUUCGUGGAGCGCUGCGAGGUGAACACCAGCUCGCUGAUCCUGUGCCGGACGCCCGCGGUCGACGCCCAGGUGCGGCAGGCCCGGGUGCGGGUGGAGUUCCUGCUGGACAACCUGCGCUUCGACUUCACCUCCGUCAGCGGCAGCGCCUUCAGCUACGAGCUCAACCCCACCCUGCACCCGCUCAACCAGCACAACCCCAGCAAGCCCUACCGUUACAAACCCGGCAGCAUCAUCUCCGUGGAGGGAGAGAACCUGGACCUGGCCAUCUUCAAGGAGGAGGUGGUGGCCCUGAUCGGGGAGGGGGUGUGCACCGUGAAGACCCUGACCAGGAACCACCUGUACUGCGAGCCCCCGCCCCAGCAACCGUCGCCGGGGCCGGGCAAGAAGCGGGAGGGCGCCGACCCGCUCCCAGAAUUCACCGUCCAGAUGGGGAACCUGAACUUCUCCCUGGGGAAGGUGCAGUACGACAGCCAGAGCCAGGCCACCUUCCCCCUGGAGGCGCAGAUCGGGGUGGGGGUGGGGGCCUCCAUUGUGGCUCUCAUUGUUCUCAUCAUCGUGCUCAUAUACAGGAGGAAGAGCAAACAGGCCCUGAGGGACUACAAGAAGGUCCAGAUCCAGCUGGAGAACCUGGAGACGAGCGUGAGAGACCGCUGCAAGAAGGAGUUCACCGACCUGAUGACUGAGAUGAUGGACAUGUCAAGCGACCUGGUGGGCUCGGGCAUCCCGUUCCUUGAUUACCGGGCGUACGCCGAGCGCAUCUUCUUCCCCGGCCACCGGGAGUCACCACUGCGCCGGGACCUGGAUGUGCAGGACUGCCGGCGGCAGACGGUGGAGCAGGGCCUGGUGCAGCUCUCCAACCUGCUCAACAGCAAGCUCUUCCUCACCAAGUUCAUCCACACCCUGGAGAGCCAGCGGACGUUUUCACCACGGGACAGGGCCUACGUGGCCUCCCUGCUGACUGUGGCCCUGCACGGCAAGCUGGAGUACUUCACCGACAUCCUCAAGACCCUGCUCAACGACCUGGUGGAGCAGUACGUGGCCAAGAACCCCAAGCUCAUGCUCCGCAGAACUGAGACAGUGGUGGAGAAACUCCUGACUAAUUGGAUGUCCAUCUGCCUUUAUGCCUUCCUGAGGGACUCUGCUGGGGAGUCUCUCUACAUGCUGUUCCGGGCCAUAAAGCACCAGGUGGACAAGGGCCCGGUGGACGCGGUGACGGGGAAGGCCAAGUACACCCUGAACGACAACCGGCUGCUACGGGAGGACGUGGAGUACCGCACGCUGACGCUGAACGUACUGAUGCAGGGCUGCGGAGGCAGCGAGGCCCAGCCCCUCCCCUCCAAGGUGCUGGACUGCGACACCAUCACACAGGUGAAGGAGAAGAUCCUGGACCAGGUGUACAAGGGCACCUCCUUCUCCCACCGGCCGCACUCCGACUCCCUCGACCUGGAGUGGCGGUCAGGUGUGGCGGGUCACCUGAUCCUGUCGGACGAGGACUUAACGUCUGUGGUGCAGGGAACCUGGAAACGCCUCAACACUCUACAGCACUACAAGGUUCCUGACGGAGCAACAGUGGCUCUGGUCCCGAGACACAGCAAGCACAUCCACCAUGACAACCACGACUACGUGGCCGGAGAGAAGACGCCCAUGCUGGAGGACGCGGACGAGGGCGGGGUCAGGCUGUGGCACCUGGUGAAGGCCAGCGAGGAGCCGGAGCUGCCCAAACACCGGCGCGGCAGCCUGAGGGAGCGGGAGAGGGCCAAGGCCAUCCCCGAAAUCUACCUCACACGGCUGCUCUCCAUGAAGGGCACACUGCAGAAGUUUGUGGAUGACCUGUUCCAGGUCAUUCUCAGCACCAGCCGCCCGGUCCCCCUGGCCGUCAAAUACUUCUUUGACCUCCUGGACGACCAGGCCGCGCACCACGGCAUCUCGGACGCGGAGACCAUCCACAUAUGGAAGACCAACAGUUUGCCCCUGCGGUUCUGGAUCAACAUCGUGAAGAACCCGCAGUUCAUCUUCGACGUCCAGGCCUCGGACAACGUGGACGCUGUCCUGUCGGUCAUCGCCCAGACCUUCAUGGACUCCUGCACCAUCGCUGAGCACAAGCUGGGGCGGGACUCUCCUAUCAACAAGUUGCUGUACGCCAGAGACAUCCCGCGCUACAAGCAGAUGGUGGAGAGGUACUACGCAGAUAUCAGACAGACCAUCUCCGCCAGCGAUCAGGAGAUGAACUCGGCACUAGCAGAGCUUUCUAGGAAUUACUCAGGUGAACUGAAUUACCUUGUGGCCCUACACGAGCUGUACAAAUACAUCAACAAGUACUACGACCAGAUCAUCACUGCCUUGGAGGAGGACACCACAGCGCAGAAGAUGCAGCUGGGAUACCGUCUCCAGCAGAUAGCCGCCGCCGUGGAGAACAAAGUGACAGAUUUGUGACGGCGGGGACAGGGGGG